AUGGAGCCCCGCGCGGCGGACGGCUGCUACCUGGGCGACGUGGGUUUCUGGGUGGAGCGCACCCCUGUGCACGAGGCUGCCCAGCGUGGCGAGACCCUGCAGCUGCAGCAGCUGAUUGAGAGCGGGGCCUGUGUCAACCAGGUCACCGUGGACUCCAUCACGCCCCUGCACGCGGCCAGCCUGCAGGGCCAGGCGCAGUGUGUUCAGCUGCUGCUGGCCGCCGGGGCCCAGAGUCGCUGGGCGGAGGGCAGCGGCAGCAGCAGCAGCAGCAGCAGCAGCAGCAGCGGGCCAGGAGCCCGGAGCAUGGGCUGCAGCCUCCGGGCCGAACGCACCCAGGAGCUUGGCUCUUCAGCUUAUCACCUCCAGGCCUGGUGCUCCCGACGCCGCUUAGGAGACCCCGGAGGAAGUUCCGAAUGCGUGAGGCUUCUUAUUGACGUGGGGGCCAAUCUGGAAGCACACGACUGCCACUUCGGGACCCCUCUUCACGUCGCCUGUGCCCGGGAGCAUCUGGACUGCGUCAAAGUGCUGCUUAACGCAGGGGCCAAUGUGAACGCAGCGAAGCUUCACGAGACAGCCCUGCAUCACGCAGCCAAGGUGAAGAACGUCGACCUCAUUGAGAUGCUCGUCGAGUUCGGAGGCAACAUCUACGCGCGAGACAACCGGGGCAAGAAGCCGUCUGACUACACGUGGAGUAGCAGCGCACCCGCCAAGCGCCUCGAGUUCUACGAAAAAACCCCUCUGUCCCUGGCACAGCUCUGCAGGGUGAGCUUGCGGAAGGCCACUGGCGUCCGAGGACUGGAGAAAAUCAGCAAGUUGAACAUCCCUCCCCGGCUCAUCGAUUACCUUUCCUACAACUGAGCUGCAGGCGCGCGAGGCAGGAGCCGGCUGGGGGCCCCCUGGCCUCUCCGAGCCCAGCGCUGGGUCACUCGGCCCUGCCUCGUCUGCGGCCGUUCCACUGCUGUAGAUAGAGCAAUGCUCCCGGGGGCCGUGCCGGCUGGCCUGCUUUGUCUUCUCUGCAGACUCCUGGACAGUGUUGCCAAGGCACUGAGAAGGCCCUGCCUGGUCCCGGCCGUCCGGCGCUCUCAGGAAGGGCUCUGCAGGGAGCGCAGGGGAGGGCCGGGCGGAGCCGGGCAC